CCCUUUCAGACCGCCGCGUGAAGAGGUUUCACCACCGCCGAACACAGCCUUUCUCUCUCUUUCCUCCUCUCUUUCCAUCUAUAAAUCCUUCCUGCCUCGCUUUUCCUCCUUCUGCCUCACCAGAUCACUGCUACUACUACUACUUCCACAGACAUGUUUAUUUCCGACGAUAUCCAGCGGGCGAUGCUCGCCUCCCUGCUCGAGAAGCGCGACAGCCUCGACGAUGCCGAGAGUACCGUCGAUAACGCUACUGAUAAAGUCGUCAGUUUUGCCCAGUGUAUGUCAUGCCCCCUCGUCCUGCCUCUCUUUGAUCUCAUUCCUGACUCUUUUGUAGCAUUCAAACACUGGGAUACCUGCAUGGCCAACACCGGCUGCAAAGUCAUCGCCAUCGUUGGAAUUGUCCUCGCCGUCUUCGUUGUCCUCUCCCUCUGCGCAUGGAUCAUCCGCAUCGUCUUCUACGGCACCGAAGCCGCGUGCUGGCUGUGCUCCAAAUGCUGCGGCCUCUGCUGCACGCGACGGGAUCCCCGCUCCCGCGCUGCCAAGGCCCCGCCAAAUAUCUACAACAUCAACCCGCAGCAGCCGUACUACGCCGGUCCUCCCGCGCCGCCCGGAAACUACAACAACUACAACAACAACCAGUACGCGAACAAGAACUACGCAAAGUUGGAUGAUGAUAACAUCGAGAUGGGAAGAAUGGGAAAACGGUACUAGAUACAGGAAGUGUGCGGUCUGAAACAAGGUGGAUAUUAUUUCCUUUUGUGCAUUUCAGCGCACCAGACCCUUCUCAUAUGAAAUCAAACGGGCGCUCUCCUCAUAUUUACUAGACGCGAAAGAAAAAUUACACAAAAAAAGGAGACAGCAAAGAAAGAUAAAGACGAAACUGGAUCGAAUCAUACACCAAAAGGCAAAAGGCGUUUAUCUCUCUCAUCAAGGCAAUCUAUCAAUCCAAUCCGAUCCAUCAACAUCAACAUCAACAUCAACAUCAACAUCAACAUCAACUACCCCCCCAGGCACAUCUUCCGUGACCCUUCACCAUUCCUCCUCUUUGCUUUUUGGGUCCAUUUACAAUUUCUUACAACGGGGUUCUCUUUGCU